CAAUUCACUGUGUUUCCUGCAUUAUUCCUGGUGCUUUCAUGCAGUGAAAAUCAUGUUCACUCUUCCAUCUUGUGUAGAUUUUUCUGGCAGGGGUUAAAAGAGGGAAAUCUUGAUUGUUUCCACAAUUCUUUCUUUCUCCCUUUUUGAAAAGGGUGAUGUUGGUGGCAUACUUGAAGUCACUUGGGAUCUUCUAGGUCACCCACACUUUUUCAAUGAGCUGGUGGACUUGUUAUGUCCACUCAGGCCCAAUGUCUUUAAAGAUUUCAACAGGGAUCCCAUCAGGUCCACUGGCUUUUUAAAUUUAGUUGGUUGUUGCCCUUGCUGGCUUCCUCCAAACUAGGAACUAGCUCAUCCCUGUUUAUUUAUUUAUUUAUUUUGAGAAAUCUGCAAGCAAAUCUCUUCAGUCACAUUGGAGCUGUGGUUAAGAAGGUCAGGAUAAUGCUCUUUCUAAUAUAGUGCAAUGGAUUUUUGUCCUUAAGAAGUUAGGUUCCAUCUGUUGAACGUAGAGGGUGUACGCCAUGAUUUGCUGGGCCAUAAAUGACCAUUGUGUCUUAAAAAAUCCCUGUGCGUUGCGGACAUCUGCAAAAUGUUGGGAUUCUUGAACCUCUUUUCUCCACCAGAUAUUUUUAAGUUCUCUCAUCCUUCAUAGGACCUCACCUUUGGCUUAGCAUAGAUCUUUUUCUUCGCAGCCUAGUUGAUGUCUCUUUGCCUUUUUGGAAGGCUUUCAUUUUAUUAUCAAUUGUAUGUUGGAUCUCAAUAUUGUUCCCAACAAACCAGUCUUGAUGUUUAUUUGUUUGGUAUGCAAUGGUUUGUUUAGAGGAUCUUAUGAUAAGAGUCAGUUUAUUCUAAUGUUCCUCAACAUUUUCAGGGUGUACAAUUAGUUGAUGAUCCUUGUUGUUUGGAGGGCUCUUGAAGGACUUGGCUGUUCAUUUUAAACCUUAUCUUUCUUAUCUUCCUUGGAGUCUAUGAUGGAUGGUCUCUACAGCAGUCAUCAGCACUUGUCAUAGCUCUUGAGAGAAGGAGACUGAGGCAGCCUCUGGCAUGUAUAAUUAUAUUGUUUAAGAGGUCCCAAUGCUUCUACGGGGCAGCUUCCAUUAUGUCCUAAACUUAUUUUUCUGGCAGAAGAGUGUGUUGGUGAUGACAAGGUUGCAUUCUGGGCAUUUGAUUAGAAACAGAAUGCUAUUCAGGUUACUAUUUUCAAUACCGUCUUUCCCUAUAGUCCCUGAUCACAAGUCGAAAUCCGGUCCUCCUUAGGUAUCUCAAAUAGGAUGAUUAAUUAUCCAGUUGACAGUAGAAUUUUUCUUGAUGUCUUCAUCAGAGUUGGUGUGUAGGCACUUAUGAUAGUUGCCUCAUGGUUUUGGCAAGCUUAAUUUGGAGGGAUGAGAGUUGUUUGUUAAGACAAAUGGAUGCUUCAGAUAGAUGCUUCACCAGUUCGCUUUUCAAAGCUAAACCGACUCCAUGUAUUGGUCAAAAGACUGAUUUGAUUCUGUCCUGAUUAGCAACUGGUGAAAUUGUUUCUGUGGACUUCUUGCCUAAGAACGUUUAGCAGGACUUAAAAGGCACAAAUACCCAAGAUCUGACCCUUUCUCCCAAAUGCUUACGGCUAGAACUUCAUGGAACAUGGAGCACUCCUGAAAUUCACCACUUCAGAUAUGCACGAUUGGUUAUCUCAUGAGUGUUUCUCUGCCAAAAAGGUCAUUCCCAAAGGCAGUCUUUGUGCUUUGUCCUCUGCUCAGUUUCCAGGACGGGCACUGCCCAACGUCUUCUGGAGGAAGUGGGCAGAGCUGCAGCUUCACUUGGUCCUGACAAACCAUGAAGUCCUCUGGUGGUCUCCCUGCCCUUCUUGCUCUCCUGGCCCUCUGUGCCUUGAUGCCUGCUGCUUCCAGGACAGAAAAGGUUGGGUUUUGCCCAAAACAAUCGACUGUGAUGGACUGUGACAAUGUGAUAGUGAAGUGCGAAACUGAUGAUAACUGCCCUGGUUAUGAGAAGUGUUGUGAACAGAAUUGCAAAAAGGACUGCAUGACACCUUACCGACUAGUAGAAGAAUGGCCUAAAGUGCCCUGUAGCCAUGGAUAGCGACCAGCUAAGACAUCGGACCUGAGCUCCUCUGCUCAACUCUUCCUGUUCCAUAAAAGUCCAAAUCCUGCUCUGCGCCAUUCCUACUUGCCCCACUGAUGAUGGUCCCAAUUCUGCUCUGUUAGUAUCCCUCCUUACCUUGGCAAUAAAUGCACCAAUCCCCUUCCCCUCAA